CCUAGUUUUCCGACGCCUGAGGAUCCGAUGGGCUUCUUUAAAGCUUUUGGAACAAUCAUGUUUGCAUUUUCUGGAGCUUCUACUUUUCCCACCAUACAGGCAGAUAUGAGAGACAGGACCAAGUUCCCAAUAUCUACAACAGUUGCAUUGUCAAUUCUGUUUAUCCUGUACAUAUCAAUGGCUGCUUGUGGAUAUUUUAUUCUGGGUGACCAGGCGACACCUAAUAUUAUUGACAGCCUAUGUGAAGGUCCAAUGAAGGUUACAGUUCAAAUAACAAUUCUUCUUCAUCUCUUCUCAGCACUGCCCAUACUAAUAAAUGCACCAAAUCAAUAUUUUGAAAAUAUUCUAAGUAUUCCUAAGAAUUUCAAUAUCAAGCGAUGUUUGUGGAGAACUUUUUCAUUCAGCUGCUUGCUCUUCAUUGCUGAAACCAUACCAAACUUUGGUUCUAUCCUAGAUUUAGUUGGAGCCUCUACUGUGACAAUGCUAACCUUUGUAUUUCCUCCACUCUUCUACAUGAGAUUAUGUGAUAUGUCGAAAGAAAAUCCAAAAUGGAUCCCAAGGGAUAUAAAGAUCUAUGAGAGGAUAUACUGCUACUUCCUAAUAACUCUAGGGGUGGUAGGAGGUGGUUUGGCAACUUACAAUGCAAUGAAGAAUAUCAUUUCAGAUUUUAAGGUUGCCCCCUGCUACAUUUCAACAGACUCAUGUACUCCUCAUAUAGACACUAGUAAUGAUACAACUAUAUUUCUUUUUUAACUAAAUUAUCGUCAACUUUAA